CUUUCUCAAUCACUCUCAUUCUAUCCCUCAGGCUCAUUUAUAAUACGGGCGUCGGGCCUUUAAAUUCCCGCGCCUCGGGAGAGCGCGACUCUCGGGAAGAAAGUGCGUGCGGCAAUUAUUAUUAGUAAGGCCUCGGUCACGCGCGCAGGAUCGAGCAGAUCAUAGGGUUGAUACCGAUCCCUCGUUCGCCAGCAGUUUAAUUGUGCGUAAUGACGGUCCGUUAGCGAUGUCAGUGCAGCACCGUGGUCGUUUGGCCCUGAGUGCUUGACGACUGGUGUUCCAUUCCCGAUUGUUGGCGAUUGUUGACACUGCAGUGCACCCGAGGGUAUAACCCUUAGCCCACGUAAAGAGCAAGAGGGGAAGAGUGUGCGAAGAGAUAUACGAGCGAGCCUCGUUGCUUCGAAAUGCCUUGCCACGUGUGGCUGGGACUGACUUUAAUGGCCCUGCUGAUAACGGGUGCAAGAUGUUUAAAGAACGUCAGGUUAGAAGUAAUUCCUGAAGCGGUAGAACAUGGACACGAAGCAACUCUGCGAUGUUACUAUGAGCUGGAGCAAGCGCCCCUUUACUCUCUUAAGUGGUAUCGUGGAAGUUUCGAAUUCUACAGAUUUUCGCCGAGUGAAAAUCCCGCUACAAAAAUCUUCAACUUCUCGUGGAUCGAAGUCGAUCCAAGUAAUUCAAAUGAGAGUCAAGUGACGAUACAAAAUGUGGAUUUUCCGCUAAGUGGAAAUUUUAGUUGCGAAGUGACUACAGAUGCGCCAACUUUUUUAACGGCAAGCAGUUCAAAAACACUUACUGUUGUUUCUGUACCCAAGAGUAAGCCUGUUAUCAUAUCGGAGCGUGGACGCUAUGAGCCUGGGGAGACUCUAAAAGCAAAUUGUAGCACGCCAUCUUCGAAACCACCGGCUCGACUCUCUUUCACGCUAAACGACGUGCAGGUCGGCGAGGCAGUAACGAAACAGAGUCAACAGAAGCACGACUACAACAGCGUCUCGGGUGUCCGGAGCCUCGAUAACCGCCAGUGGACGGAACUCAGCCUUCGCCUCCAACCAUUUCAUUACUUGAACGGCCAAUUGAACUUGCGCUGCACCGCCAAGAUCCCUGGCAUUUACGAACAGACGAGCGAAGUCCAGCUCGGCUACGGAUUACGAGAGCCGGUGCCGGAGAGAGUGACAUCCGAGAACGCCAGUGACAACUGCUGCAGGAUCACCAGACUCACGAUCCUCGCACUGGUUAUGCUGCACCUGCACUUGAGAUAGUCGGAAUGCGCCGUUUGAUCCAGGUAUGCUAAUAUGGUGUGCAACCGCUCCGCGGCCGACGACGAUCAUCGCUGCACGUGGCCGUAGUCAAGGCAUGAGGAUAACGUCGAUGGAGCGACAGAAGGAUUUGCUGGACGGCGGUGGCGGCGACGGCAAUGACAGCGGCAGCCGUGGGGAAAAUUAUAAUUA